AAGUGUACCAUGAUGUUGGUGAUUAUUUUCAGAAAAUGAGGAAUAUGAGUCGGAAUAUCCUUAUUGUUUAGAAAAAAUUUAUGGUUUCUAAACUCAAGCAUAUUCUACACGUCUCUCUAUAUAGACUGGUUCUCCCUUAUAAACUUUUCACAGAGAGAAAGAAAGCUCAAGUCCUAAGAAGUGGGCAUUACUCUUGACUUCAAGGAGAAAGAAUCCCCUUGACUCACAUAUAUAUCUAGAGAGAGAGAGAGUGAGAGGAUGAAGAAGAACACAGCAUCAUCUAGAUCUUGCAGCCCUCAAAAAGAGUGUGUAUCAUGGGUACUAAAAUAUUUUGGUGAUUGUCUGUGCAACUCUAGAGAUUCGAUUUCCUUUGCAUUUGGAUUGGUGAGCCUUGUGUGCUGGGGAGUUGCAGAGGUGCCUCAGAUUGUCACCAAUUGCUCAACCAAGGCCACAGAUGGUGUCUCCCUGGCCUUCCUUUUGACUUGGGUUGUUGGGGAUGUUUUCAACCUGGUGGGCUGUCUUCUUGAGCCUGCUACACUACCAACCCAGUUCUAUACAGCCCUGUUGUAUACGGCCACUACAAUCGUAUUAGUUUUGCAGACAAUUUACUAUGAGUAUUUCCUUAAGUGGUUGAAACACCACAAAAUCGAGCAUCAUGUCCCAUCAGAGGUUGAACCUUUGAACUCGAAGGGCAAUCCUCCAAGCACGCCCAUACCUAUGGCUGGUGCAAGAAUGCAUGAUACAACAUCUCAUGGGAUGAAUUUGUAUAUUUUCUCUGCAAGAUCUUUAGCCUUUACCCGAACACCACCACCACAUGACUCUUUUCUUAGGGUUACAAAGAGUGUUCCUCCUGUUGCUCCUUCAUAUUCCUCCUCUUCUGAGGAUGAUGACCAUGAACGAGCCCAUGCUAAACCAGCUAGUGCUCCAAAGAGAAUGUUAAAUGCGGUGGGUUAUGGAACUUUCAUUGCGAGUGGACUUACCCUACCCAUCAAAGGGGAUGCAGUUCCAAUUCCAAGGAGACUAUUACAGGAACAUGGAGAAUCGAGGAAGGUGUACGGCAUGUGGUUGGGGUGGAUGAUGGCUGCCAUCUACAUGGGAGGCCGACUUCCUCAAAUAUAUUUAAAUAUGAAACGAGGAAGCGUGGAGGGUUUAAAUCCCCUUAUGUUUGUCUUCGCCUUGAUCGCCAAUGCAACAUAUGUGGGCAGGAUUUGCAGUAUUCUUUUCAGAAGCACGGAGUGGGACAUGAUCAAAGCAAACAUGCCAUGGCUACUAGAUGCCAUUGUGUGUGUGGCACUUGAUCUCUUUAUAAUCAUGCAAUUUGUGUACUACAAAUUCACCUCGAGGAGAAGAAUACACCAUGAAGAAGGUGACUUUGGAGCUUACUCAAAAGACUAAAUAGAGUUUAUUGCAUUCUCUCUCUCUCUCUAAGGACAAAGUAGCCUAUGCAUUUUCACUGUCAUGUCUAUAAUAAGCAGUUGCUUUUGGGCAAUUUUAAUUCUUGCAAGAGUAUGCACUUUGAGGACUACUUUAAUUGUUGUAGGAGAGUAUUUCAUUGUAUCUUAAUUUCAUGAAUGUAAUUGUACUUGAUAUGAA